CAGAAACAAGAUGGGGUGGGCAAGAGGUUGAAGGAACUUUGCCAAAUAGGCCGGCAGCAGUAGCGGGAACUCGGUCAAAACGCGUUGGUCAUUCUAACUCCGUCUUAGAGAGCAACGAUACCUUUUCCUCUUACUGUGUCGCGCUUCAUCUGCCGUGAUGUACUGACCAAACUGCUUUGAAGUGUGUUGAAAAAACGAUAAUCUUGAACUAGUGUUGGUGUCGGUUAAUGUUGCUUUUGAAAACUUGGCCUGCAUUACAUAGAAUACACCCAGGAUUUCGGUAUACCAAACUUUUACAGAGGUUAGAUAACAUAGAUUGGAAUGCGUGAAUAUAACUAGCAAAUUCAAAUUAACAACAGGAGAAGUUAAGAAAAGAAAAUGGCAACCCGUAGUUCUGCGUAUAUGCGAUCUCUUUCAGACAACACCGGCACCACUAUAUAUGCGCUCUGUCCUCGGCAAGGAAGUGAGAGUCCUGAUUUUGGCCGAGGUCCAGGGUUUUGUGUACCUCAGGACGCCCUCAAAGAUAUCGAAGCCAUCAUGAUGAAGACGGAAGAUCCCGACAGACCCAACGAGAUUUCGGCACCUUACGAGGUUCCUCAGUUCCCUAUUGAACAAAUUGAGGACAAGCUCAAGCUUCAGCGCCAGCUAAGUGCAAGAGUGGCCGAACGAACGUCCCGCUACGAGCCCUCCGAAACGGCACUGGACGAACACGAGGACCCGGAGUUCGAGGUGGAUGAGGCGGAUUAUGUUCCUUACUACCAGAGGGUCUUUAUCUCGGGCGAAGAGACCAGCUCCUACCUCCUUGACAACUUGAUCACCAAUGUUCCCGUGGAGGACAUCACUAAGUCAUCCAAGCUGCUGAUUGAAGCCUUAAGACUCCGAGAAAAGUACAUGGCAUGGGCAGGCCAGUCCUUUCCAAGCGUUACGGCCACUUUCUUGAGGGAAGCGGGAACGGAGGACCCCAUGAGCAGUUCCAGGAGGUACCAUGGUGCGUGCUCCGACCGCAAGAGUCUGGAAGAGAAGCUCCAGAAGCUAGUGGCCGCUAGUAUUGGCGAGGGCCUUCCUGUUUCGCGCCCUGACCACCCCAUCCACCCGCCUCGCAAAGAAGUUAGUCCUUGGAAGAUAGACGUUCCCGAGAACUGUGGCUAUGAAGUUCGUAUGAUGGACGGUGUCUUCCAGGUAUAUCCCAGCGAAGAAGCCGUUCGGCGAAAUGAAAGUCUCUCCUACCCGUAUCCAAACUUGGCCCGUUACAUACAAGACCUGAAUUUGCUAUGCGCCUUGAUUGCUAAUGGGCCAGUCAAGUCAUUUUGCUAUAGGCGCCUGCAGUACCUUUCAUCUAAGUUCCAGCUCCAUGUUCUCCUAAAUGAAAUGAGGGAGUUAGCAGCCCAGAAAGGUGUUCCUCACAGGGACUUCUACAACAUACGAAAGGUGGACACGCACAUUCACGCAGCUUCUUGCAUGAACCAGAAGCAUUUGCUGCGGUUCAUCAAGAAGUGCGUGAAAACCCACCCGGAUGAAAUCGUAUGCGUCGUCAAGGGGGAGGAGAUGACCUUGGCCCAAGUGUUUGCCUCGCUCAACCUCACUGCCUACGACCUCUCUGUGGAUAUGCUAGAUGUGCAUGCAGAUAGGAAUACAUUUCACAGAUUUGAUAAAUUCAAUGCCAAAUACAAUCCAGUCGGAGAAUCACGUCUCCGCGAAGUCUUUCUCAAAACUGGUAACCAUCUCAAUGGAAAGUAUUUUGGCCACAUCAUCAAGGAAGUAAUGGCAGAUCUGGAAGAGAGUAAAUAUCAAAAUGCAGAGCUUCGUCUUUCAAUUUAUGGGAAGUCCAGAGAUGAGUGGAGAAUGCUGGCCCGUUGGGCAGUUGAACACAAUGUUCAUUCAGAAAAUGUUAGGUGGCUCAUUCAAGUGCCACGGCUGUUUGAUAUCUACAAGAAUAAUAACAUCAUGGAUAAUUUCGAGACAUUUAUAGACAACUUGUUUGGCCCACUCUUUGAAGUCUCUGUGGACCCCAGUGUUGACUCAGACCUGCAUGCGUUUUUGCAGUAUGUAAUUGGAUUUGAUAGCGUAGAUGAUGAGAGCAAGCCAGAGACUUCAGUUAUGGACAAAGAUAUGCCAACACCACAGCUCUGGUCAGACACUGAGAAUCCCCCAUAUGCAUAUUACCUGUAUUACAUGUAUGCCAAUAUCUGCACCCUGAAUCACUUGCGAAGAGAACGUGGCCUGAGCACAUUCGUCCUUCGGCCACACUGCGGUGAAGCAGGCUCCAUUCAACACUUGGUGGCAGGGUUCCUGCUGGCUGAAAAUAUUUCUCAUGGACUUCUUCUACGUAAAACUCCAGUGCUUCAGUUCCUGUAUUACCUUGCCCAGAUUGGUAUUGCCAUGUCACCACUCUCCAAUAACUCUUUGUUCCUGAAUUACCACCGAAACCCUCUGCCAGAGUAUAUGGCUCGGGGGCUCCUUGUGUCCCUCUCCACUGAUGAUCCCUUGCAGUUUCACUUCACAAAGGAGCCUCUCAUGGAGGAGUAUUCAAUUGCUACUCAAGUGUGGAAGUUAUCACCAACAGACAUGUGUGAACUAGCCAGAAACUCUGUUUUGAUGAGUGGCUUUGAGCAUGAGAUCAAACAGUACUGGAUUGGCCCAAACUACACAAAAGAUGGUGUAGCUGGAAAUGACAUUAAGCGAACCAAUGUACCCAACAUCCGUGUAGCGUUCAGGCAUGAAACACUUCUGGAUGAACUAUCGAAUAUAUUCCGCCGUCCUGAAGAUAAGGAGGAAACAUAAAGAGGAGAAUGGAAGGCAUGAUCCACGUCCACGUCGAGGAGAGGGACAUUCAUCACUCUUUUUAUGGGAAGAAUCAUGUGAUAUUCUUUAAAACAAGUAAUAUAGGAUAAUGAUCAUUAUAGUUAUGUAUAUGCAUGUGACAGUAUUUGUCCGCUCAGUGACAGACUUUUAAUAUAAUGCUAUGUCCCUACACAACUUUCUUAAUAUACAAGUUAUAUAUUGUCAUUCUGUAGCUUACAUCUAUGAUUUUGAUGAAGAAUUGAUGUUUUAUAAUUAUUCAAGUAGGCUCAUGUAUACUGGCCAAAUAAUUCAUAAGUUAUAUUAUAUUCAUAUUUGAUUAAAAAAAUAGUUUUAGUUUUGCUCUUUGUCUCCAAUUAUUCUGAAUAUCCUGUCUAUUGGAAUGAACUGUGAGAUUGUUUUAGGCACCGACGCUUUAGGCUAGACAGUCGGUUUCGUAAGGGUUGAUGAAGAUAGUAACAGAGAUUAUUGUAAUAAUAAUAAUAAUAAUGAUGAUGAUAAUGGUACAGUAAUUACGAUGCAGACAAUUAACGAUAAGAGUGACAGUUAUAAUAUAGAGUAAAGAAAUUAAAACAAAUAAAAGGGUAAUGAUAAUAUGAUUGUGAUGAUCAGAAUACUAAUAUUGAUAAUACUGAAUGGCAGGUAAUGAUAAUGAAAUUGAUAGAUGAUAAAAAAAAUGUGUGUGUGUGUGUGUGUGUGUGUGUGUGUGUGUGUGUGUGUGUGUGUGUGUGUGUGUGUGUGUGUGUGUGUGUGUGUGUGUGUGAGUGUGUGUGUGUGUGUGAGUGUGUGUGUGUGUGUAUGUGUGUGUGAGUGUGUAAAGAUAUAUAUGUAUCUGUAUGUAUAUAUUUUUUUCUUUUUUUUUUUCUUUUUAUGCGACUAUCAAGAAAAUUAUUGAUACAAUAAUAAUUAGUCUAAGUAUAAUCCCGAUCAUCACAAUUAUCAUUGCCAUUAUAUGAUGACUCAUAUACAUUUAAGUGUAUAUGUCAUAUUGAAUAUUGAAUUCACACACUAAGAUAUAUACAUUUCAAACUCUUUAAGUUAUGUUUGCAAAUCAAUAUACUUGGAACGCUGCUGAUAUUGCCAGAUCUUGGUCAAGGCGUCAGACAUACGCAAUACAACAACUGUGUAGUCAUUUGAGAGAGUAAAGAUAUUAUUAUAUAAAAUAUAGAAAGUACAACAAGCUGCCACAGUAUAAUGGAGAGGUUCAAAAGUACAGUAGUUGGUAAAAAACAUGUCUAUUAUUAUCAUUAUUGCUAUUGCUAUUAUAAUUAUAUAGGACACUGAAGACCCGGCAUAGAAUAUAUGGUGAUUUUUUUAGGUAUGUGUAUAGACAGACGGGUAAGAAUAACAAUAACACACACACACACACACACACACACACACACACACACACACACACACACACACACACACACACACACACACACACACACACACACACACA